GCCGGGCGGCGCGGACUCAGCCCGUCGCGAGGGGGAGGACCGACGGCACACGCAGGAGCAGAGAGCACUGCAGUGCGAGCGCAGCGGGCGACUCGGGAGGCGGAGGCGUAACACGCACACACGCGCGCGCACACACACGAGCGCGCGCGCGCGCACACGCACACCAGCGGCCUUACAACUCGGUCCACGGAGAGAGAUCUGCAGCGGCAGCGUCAUGGAAGAGUAUUUGCGGAUGGUCCAGAGCAGACUCCGGGCAGAUGCAUCUGAGGAUCCCAUCCAUGCUGUUCUAGGUGGACCAAAGCCAGAUGUCGACACUGUGGCUGCAACACUGUCCUUAGCCCUACACCUCAGCCAGAAGGAUGCAUCAGGUGGACUGUGUCUGCCAGUGUUGUGCGGCCGGCAAUGUAAUGCUGUAUUGCCCGAGGAGACGGUGCGGUAUCUGAAGAGGCUGAACAUUAGUGAGAGUUUGCUGCUGUGGAGAGAAGAUGUAGACCUCAUGACGCUUCAUCACACUGGAAAACUCUCACUCACUCUGCUGAGAGAUGGACUUCUGGAUAGCUCUGAGUAUCACGCUUUGGAGUCCAGCAUACUGCGAGUGGUCCAUCACGACGGGCAGCAGGACACAGGGGAUGAUGCAGCGUUGUCCGCGGUGACGACAGUCGCCAGGGAGAUUCGUCAAGAGGCAGCGGAGCACAUCAGAGCAACGUUGGGGAAGUCUCUUGGAGAGGCCUUGCGACUGCAAAAUGAAGCUUUUUGGAUCAAACAUGGCCGUCAGUCAACGCAACUGGAGGAUCUCAGAAGAUCCUUGGAGCAGCUGAGUGACGCCACUGCUGACGCCGAGCUACAAGACAUGGAGCAGCUGCUUACGGCGGAGUUGAAGGAGUUUUCUGAUGGCGAGAUGACCAUAGCACUGUCUUCAGUGACCACAGUUAAGGAGCACUGGAUUGUUAAUGUGGACGGGCUGAACGCUUUCAGUCAGCACCAUGGCCUCGAUGGUCUGGUGGUUCUCUUGUCCAUCAGUGAUACAGUUCAUCAUCCUGGCCAGCAGGUGGCUGUCUACUCAAACAACACAGAUAUCCUAAACCAGAUCUGCUGUGAGUUGGAAGAGUCCUCCAGCUGGUCUCUUUUUGGUCAACUUGAAGCUAGGGAGAAUCUCCAGGUCUACCACAUCCCUAUAAACACCCCCUCCUCCAUUGGUACUCUGCUGGUAGAAGAAAUCCAGGGCCUCCUCAAGGACUUUGUGGACCGGCGGAGCUCUGUAUUAGCCUGCCACCCCAGCAGUAGGAGCUCAUCCACAGAGGGAGUAGCAGGCAGUGUGGAGUUCUCCCAGGGAUCAUCUGGUAUCAAUGACAUGGAUGGCUCUGACAUAGAGAGGGUCGAGGGAGGCAGUGCAGAUGUGGCUGCACGAGCAAGAGGGAUGGCAGAUGGUGAGGAGGACACACGAGGUGUAGAAGUCAGUGCUGGUGGGGAGCUAGUGAGCCCUGACAGCGGUAUGACCACACUCCGCAGCAGCCGCUCCUCCAAAGAGAGUUCAGUGUUUCUUAGUGAUGACAGUCCAGUGGGUGAGGUUACAGCAGGAGGAGGUCCAGCAGCAGGACCAGGAGGAAUCUUCCUGAGAAACCCCCCUCCCCUGGGGUUGUCGUCUCUCUCCCCUCCUGUCCCACCUGAGAGGAAGAAGAACCGCUCAUGCAGAAAUAAGAGUGACAACUUUGACCUCUUUAGUUUUGACCCACUACAUAGCAGUGACCCCUCUUUGCCAGCAGGAGGGGAACUGACAAAUUCUGAAGUAAGAGGAGAUGGGACAGAAACAAGAUCAGGGAGCUCCAACUUAUCAGAACUUGAAGAACUGAGCUUCAUGGAUUUCUCUGCUGGAAGUAGAAAUUCAUCAGUUGACCACCAUGGUCAAAUUCAUGGAAAUGAGAUGACUGACACUGUGGUUCCUCCAACUCCGGUCAACAGCCUGGUUGGUAGCCGCCCACCCAGCAGAUGUGGAAUCAGGUUCUUCCCAGAAGAUGUAGUUGAAAGGAUCAAUUGCCUACAGCACAAGGACAGUGUGUCAUCAUCCUUGUCAGAGACCUGGGAUGAACUUUGCUUUGACACACAAGGAGCACUGUCCUCAAGUGAUAAUAAUGCCUCCAAUCGGACCAAGGACUAUGAGAGCCCACAAAAUAUUAUAGAGGACAUUAGAGGCAAAGAGUCAUUGUCUGAUGUGACAGAAAUAGAAAGCAGGGAGGAGAUCUUAAAGCCAGAGAAUUCCCACCAGAGGCCAAAGAGCCUUCAACCUCAGCUUAGUGUGGUCACUGGGCAGACUGAAUCAUAUGAAAACUGGAACCCAGACUCGGUACUGAAGGAUGAGUGGAACCCUGUUACUUUGGCUGAUCUGCAAUUGACACCACCAGAGGAGGAGGGAACUGGAAAAUGCAAAGCUGGUGACAUUGGAUCAAAAGGAAAAACAACAUCUUUGUCAAAAAAGAAAGCAAUCCUAAAUACUUUAACACCAGACACAUCCAAAGAAGAGGACAAAGGGGUCCAAGGAAAAAAAGAAGACCAAAAGAUGGAGCUCCUAGACUUCUGGACUUACUCAGCACAAAAGGGAUUUCUUAAAUCUGACAGUGGAACCACAGAGUCUUACCCUGAAUCACUAGAUAUGUGGAAUAUGACAAUCAGGGAUGACAGUCUAUCACCUCUCACAACCCCUGACAACUUGUCUGAAAACUCAGGUUCUUUCUGUGGGAUGAACCGCAAUCUUUUGGGUGGUACAUCUGUGGAAAGUCCGCCGGGAUUCUGUGAUGGUGGAAUGGAGAUGUGGAACACCACCAUACAGGAAGACAGCUCUUCCACUAUAACAAGCCCUGAAGGACCUGACAAUGGAAAGGACCUAAGUCAUAUGGGAUCACCUGAUGCUCAUUCUCCAGAGACACAUGCAAGCAAACAAUUAGAGGAAGAAAAAGCUACAGAGGAGGGGAAAGUUAUGAGUAAAGUAAUUAGUCACACACCUGGUGAGGUGGUGUGGAGAGGCAAUGUGCACAAUGUGAAAAUAGUCAUAGACACUGCACAUGGUUCAGCACAGGAUGAAAAAAUGGAUGAGGAUGAUAUGCAGAUUUUUCAGAGCCAGCAGUCAGUUGUACAGAACUUGGAAUCUGAACAUUCAGGUUAUGAUCCUUCCGCGUACCAAGGCAUAGACAUGCAUGACUUAUCUGUCCCUGGCAUGGUUACCUCCACCUCAGAAUAUGACAAUGUAGGAGCUGGUGUGUGGAGCCUGUCAUCCUCCCCUGAGACCUUUGCUAGCCCAGUAGUAGAUGUGAUACAGCCACAGGGGCAGUCUAGCCCUUUUUUUGUAGUGACAAACCCCAUUCAUAUAGAUGAGAAGCACGAUCAAUCUCAGAGGACUAAUCCUCUGGGAAAGACUGAAUGCAGAUCAGCAAUAUCAGAUACAGAACAGUCAGUCACACAAAUGUUCCUAUUUGAGGGAACUUGUGAGGUUGGUCACAUAACCAGUUCAAUUGAGAGUGAGUAUGACAACAAAAACAAAGAAGGGUCAGCAGAGGCUGACUGGAUAGAGCAAUCAAGUGAUUAUUCUCCAUUUGUCAUGGUGGACUCCUCAAUGACUCAGCAAAUUUCCACAAAUGAUCAUACAAGCUUCAGUGAAGCUGCUGAGACUCAACUCCAGACUGACCAAUUGUUGUCCCCACGUCAUGUGAAUUGGGACAGCUCAGAAUCCGCUUCAUUAUCACAUGCCCUGCCAAUCACCGUGGCCCAAAAUGAAGAUGGGACUGCCGCUGAAAGCCAACGGUGGGCCAACAUAGCGAAUAAUGGAAAUGUGGAGGGCAAAAUAACCGAGACUAUGGGUUUAGGCUCCAGCUCUGGUGUGAAGAGAGACACACUGAAAUUCAGCCCUGACAGUCUUCAGCCAGGCAGUGGAGACGAACUCAGGUCCAAUUCUGACGGAGAUUCAUCUUCAGGCCUGGAAAUGGAAUACAUCGUUGUGUCUGGCACAGUAAAAGAAGCAGAGAGAGAGUGGGAUGACAGGCCUAAACAGGGAGACAAGCAAACAAAACGAACAAGAAAGCCCAUGGAAACAUUUAGCACGCUUUAUUAUGCCGCCACAGUACUAGGUGCACAUAGAGAGCACCAGGAGAACACAGAGCAAAGUAGGCAAAACCAAAAUCAAGCUGUCUUAUCCACUCAUUACCUAGUAAAUCUGGAUAAUUCCACUGAGCAUGACAUGGUGCCAGAAAAGGUCAGUCCCAGCCAAUCAAAAAAUACAUUGGAAGCAACAGGUUGCAAUCAACCACAGGUAUUUGAAGGAAACUAUGACGAUAAAUCAAGCAUUGUCGCCAGAAGUGUGUCUCCUUCAUUAAGAUUUCCGUCCGAUAUCUUUCUGAAAACCAGAGAGGAAGUUUAUGUCCAUUCACAGAUCUCAAUGGAAGAUUCAGAUGAGGGCGGACAGUCACCCUCCGCACCCCCACUAUGUCCUACUUCUUUGGGAGAUUUUCAAGACUGGGGGGGUCAGUUAGUGAGACAUGACACACCUAGAGACACAUCUGAAACACAGUCCCCUGUACUUACCAACAGUUCAGUGUCCCACCCCAGCUCUCUGACCGGCACCCCAUUAAGUGAAUUGGGUAUUUCCACUGACAGAGGACUUGGAUUACCAUUUUCCGGAGAUUUAAUGGAAGAGGAAAAUGACGAGGAAGAGCAGGAGGAGGAAACUGAUAUGGAGAACACUACCCUGUCAAAAUGGACUUCAGGAGUACAAAAUAAAAGGGAAGAAAAACAACAGUUAUGCUCCUCUGAUCUGCUUAGUUUCACAGAAGAGCUGAGCGGAGGUUCAUCAAUUCAACAAACAGAUUCACAAACACUUGAGCUUAAGCAGGACCGGUCUCUACAGGAUACAGUGGAUCACUAUGAUGGACAACCUGCAAGGAUUCAUGAAUGGUCAACUGAACAACAGAUUGGAGGCCAUGAAGCUUGUCAAGAUAGCGAUGCACUGGUUUUAAGCUACUCCCCUGGAAGAAGAAAUCAAGACGUAUCAUCACAGCUGUCAUCCCAGCCAACCAAUGAGAAUGGUGAAUAUCAGUGGACAGGAAGUCACAAUGUCACUCAGGGUCAAACCCCGUAUGGCUACAACUACCAUCACAUCAACCAAAGAACUGACAACCAGAAUACACAGUCAACCUGCGUAGCUACAAAAUCCAACAGCCAGCAACACACCACAGAUGUCUACGCUGAGUUUACAACUGAUGCCUCAGCUGCACAGUAUGGGCCUGAGCAGGAUGAGAGCUAUUAUGAAGCUGGGGUUAAUGCUGAGUACAGCCUGGAUGACCCAGACUCCAAGAUCCAGAACGUAGGUGAAGGUGGCGAUGAUUCCAACUCCAUGUGCACUUCUCAACUUCAGUCCUCUCGGUUUCAAGAUGAUGGCCAGUGUCAGUAUGAGACAGACCAUACUCCUUACCAGUUUGACGGACAGCCAUUCUACCAAUCGGAUGUUCAGCCUGAGAGGGAAGAUCAUGCACAGUAUGUGCCCAAGGGAUUUGUUCCCUUUCUCCUGUCAAGACACUCCCAACAGAGAGACGGUGCAGUGGGGAUGAUGACGACGAUGCCCUCCAGUGAGGAAACUGCUGAGGAGCUCGAGGACAGAGAAGACCCACCCUCCUCUGCAGAUCUGUCGGGCAGCUCCAAUCAAAGGAGAAAGUUGGCAGCGCCACCACUGAGCGUGUCGCUGGACCGCAGUGAGGGGUCUCUUCUCUCAGAGGAUGCUCUGGACACAGGGGACGAGGCCUUGGAUACUGGAGAUGACCUGGAUAUCAACAUUGAUGAGCUGGACACACCUGAUGAGGCAGACUCCCUGGAGCUGCACAGACACGGCGACUCAGAAGAGUCUAAAAUGGCUGUAGGAGCAGCUUCAUGUGACGUCGUCGUAGGACACGGGUCAGCUGAGGAGAGCAGGGAGAGCAAACCGUGGAGGAGCGUGUUGAUUGGAGAGCAGGAGCAUCGUAUUGAUAUGAAGAGCAUUGCGCCGUACAAAAGAGUCAUUUCUCAUGGAGGUUAUUACGCUGAACAGAAUGCCAUCAUUGUGUUUGCAGCAUGUUUCCUACCAGACAGUAACUGUGACAAUUACAAUUAUGUAAUGGAAAACCUUUUUCUGUAUGUAAUAAGUACCUUGGAACUAAUGGUGGCAGAGGAUUACAUGAUUGUUUAUCUGAAUGGUGCCACCCCUCGCAGGAGGAUGCCAGGUUUUAGCUGGAUGAAAAAGUGCUACCAGAUGAUAGACAGAAGACUGAAGAAAAACCUGAAGAUGUUCAUCAUUGUUCAUCCUUCCUGGUUCAUACGAACUUUGCUGGGAAUAACUAGACCCUUCAUAAGCUCCAAGUUCAGCAGUAAGAUCAAAUAUGUGAAUAGUCUGCGGGAGCUUGGAAAAAUCAUCCCAAUGGAGUAUGUCCACAUUCCAACCAGCAUCGUCAAACUGGAUACAGAUUUGCAGGACACAGCAGCUAAAGCCGAUCAGAAGAGGGGGAACUCCACUGUUUAACAAUUACAAGAUGUGUGACUCCUGCAUAUCUUCUCCCUGCAUUGUGCUGUAUUCUACCACAGCAUGUCUGAAAAUGAGAAACCCUGCAGCAUGAUGUGUACGGCAUUUGCAACAGGCUGGAAAAGAAGACGCUGUGGUAAAUAAACCCUGCGGCAAUUGCUUGUUCAGUGAGAAACGUCAGUUCUACGAAGUCAGUACUUCCCUCACUGGUGCUAAACAUGAUACGGAAUUUACAGUGACUGAGAUUGUCACUGUGCCGGAGGGAAGAUGCUUUAUCUUGUACUACUAUAUCUACACAGCAGUUGAUUGUAUUCCCCAUUUGGUAGUUGUUGUUUUGUUUUUGUUAACAUGUAAGUGAGGAUUCUCUGAAGCCAUAGCAAGGCCAUAACCAAAUACAUGCCAAAAGAAGUUGUAUUACUGCCGGUCUGUUCACACAUAUACAGUUGUAAAAAAAAAAAAAUUGGGAUCUUACUGUACUGUAGCUGAGUCACUAGACUAUAAUGUUAAGGGAUACUCUAUUUAGACUCUAAUUUAAGACAGUCAAGUUUUACAAAUGUAUGAUCCACAUGUGAUAAAAAAAGAUAUUUUAUUAUAUAUCACCAACUCAUCCAACACCUUGAAACAUAUCUUUAAAAAACUAUGAAUCGGCUAUUCUAUUAGCAUUAGCAGUAUAUCACUGUGAAAAUACUAGAGAUGUCAUCAUCAUCAACCAAAAAGCAGUUACCAGGAGCUGCAGUAAUGUGUUGCAUGCUUUCAGUUUCUCAGUUUCACAUUACUCUGAUCUGACUACUCACCUUGAUGCGGAAUUGUGUAGGAUGUGAAUUUAGUCAUGGUUUAAUCAGGUUAUGCGCGUGUGCAUGCAUGAGUGCGUGCGAGAAAGUGAGGGGGAAUUGUUAUGGAGUGAUGAGGGAAAUUCUAUGUUCACUGAUUUAGACAGGUGCAGCAUAAAGAGUGCCUACUGUGCAGGUUAAAGUGUGUCUUUUUAUUUGUGGCUUGCAAGUGGUUGUUUUGUUGUAAAAUAUGUCAAAUGUUUGUUUCAAUAAAGAUGUAAUUAUCUUCA